AUGCACUCUCAACAGCCACAACAUAGUGCACAGCAACUGUAUGGAAAUCAAGGAUUUUCACGAACGCAGCCGCUUUAUCCACCCGAUGCUGUUGUCCACGAUACACUGACAGGGCCGCGUACUGUUCCAAACCAUCAUACGCAUGAAGGUGUACCACAGGCUUCAGGACAGAGCCGAGCCCCAAUAAACUCUGUCGACUUGAUGGCCAGCUCCGUCCCACAACAUAACCAGAUGCAAGGUCAUGCCCAACGCAUGAAUUCUCGGAUUCAACCAACUCCGCAAUCCCCGAUUCACCAGCAACGCCCACAACAAGCACAGCAAUUACAAAUGCCACCAAAUCUCCCGCCAAAUGGAUCGAACCCAGCCUCUGCGAUGCCAUCGCCAUUUGCAGCUUCGCAACCUACACCAACAGGGGCUGCAUCAGUGCAUUCCAUGAAUAAUCAGGGUUUAGCACCUGGCCCUGCAAUAGGACACAUCCCGAAGAGCGCGGCAAAUUCUAAUUUGAAUGGACCUAUUGGCGUCACGCAAAGUGCUUUACACGCUGCCCCUGGGGCCGUACCCUUUUCUGCAUCAACAGGUGUGGCGUACGGAUCUCCUCAUUCUAAUCAAAAUGAUACUGUGCCAAACUUCUCCGCCGCAUACAAUAUACCUCAAGACCAAACAAAACGCCACCUGCCGAGUAGCUCAAUGCCCUAUCCUAUGCGCAAGUACCUUUCAAACAUGGCUAUUUUACGAUUACAUGAGAUCGUAAAUUUGAUAAACAUUUCCACAGGUAGAGCAGAAGAUUUUGAUUAUUGGAUGCGUUUCACUAACGACCUGUUUACACCAAAUGGGAUUUUACGAUACUCAACGAAAGGUGGUGAAGAGACUCGUCAAUUUGAAUUCACCACGCCGAUAAUUCCACUAGUAUGCCAGUCCUUGGGGGCUGCAGGGGUGGUUCGCUCCGAGAUCUUACCUCAGCAGCUGCGGGCUCAGGUACUGAGCAAUAACACCAUAUUUUUCGACUGUCCGCGCUGUACUACAACCUACUUUUAUCCUGACGGUAGCAACAUGACAAACUUCUCACAGAUCAAGGGAAUUUUUGAUUCAAACCUGAAAAUGGUGUGGGUCGAAAUUACAAGUUACAGCUUCGUCCCUGGAAUUGAGUGGAGCUCGUUAGAACGACUGAUAACUUCCAGUCCAGUGUGUCAUGAAAUAUUUCAGGAACUCAGCGGUAAUCAAAUUAAAUCUGAGAACUCCGAAGAUGAUUCCAAGCGGCCAUCUGCAGGAAACGGAGGCUCGCGAGUGCCUACCAACUUUUCCGCCAUAACAAAACUACGAUCACAGUUUGGUGUUUUCAACAAUAUUUCAAGCUUUGGUGUCCAAGAGAGUUUUAUGAGAUCGUUGCAAGUUAACGAUGUGAUAUCUUAUUUGAAGAAUCUCAAAGUUUACCAAAAAGCAAAUAAACUGAACAGUCCGUUAGCAAGUCUUGAAUCUAUCGUGGCUUCGUCGCAGGCCGAGAAAGCCGUAAGUAUCCCAGCCAGCGCACCGUCCAAUUACACUAAUAGCAUGCUGUCACCGGUCACCGCGACAUCUUACCCGCGAACUAAAAACUCCUUUACCAACAGACCACUUCACAAAAAGAGACGGUCAAGUGAGGUAUCCCCCCUGAAUACCGAGGAGAAGACGCCUACGCCGAAGCAGGAAAACGGCGAUAUGGGGCUGACAGACAAAUUCAAGAGAGGUAAAUAUUGA